AGACAACAAGGUGGAGGUCGCAGGCACUCAUCACUUCUCCUGCGUCGUCCGCCGUGAACAGAGACGCUCGAAUAGUUCAUCUCGAUCCCAGCAUCUAUCGCAGAAAUGCGCAGGGCCGCCCUCGUAGCGGCGCGGGCCGCCACGCGAACGCCACCGCGAGUGCGCCAGCAGCACGCCGCGGCCUGGCGCCCCCACCAAGCGCCGCAGCCCCAGACGCGCCCCUUCGUCUCCUUCUUACGAACGAGACGCCUGAAAGCUCUGGAACGGGCCGCCGACGCGAACCCGGCCGACGGCGCCGCGCAGAUGGCGUUCGUGAGGGAACUGGGCAAGACGCACCCGGAGGCGGCCCUGCGGCGCAUCGAAGCUUUGGAUCCGGCGCGGCAAGCCGCCCUGCUGGAACCGCUGACGCGCGAGUACCUCAAAGCCUUGGUCGCGACGGGCCGCGUCGACACGAUGGCCCUCGCGGACGUACGAAAGCGCCUCCUCGCCACGGCCGCCGCCACGAAAGCGAGCGCCGAGGCGGGCAUGAGCGCCGCCGCACCGGUUGCGGGUUUAGCGGCGGUGGGCACGGCCGCGAAUCCUGUGCAAGUGGCGGUCGUCCAGGCCGGGUGGAAGUCGCAGUUGUGGCGGACCGUGCGCGUGCUGGCCGUCGCGUUUUUGGCUUUGAGUGCUUUUGGGGCGUUGUUGGACGAGAAGGGCGUGUCGUCGAGGUUAGGGGCUACGUCUUCCGCGGUUCACACUGCGGAAAGCAGCGACAAGCGCUUUUCCGACGUCUGUGGCGUCGACGAGGCGAAAGCUGAGUUAGAAGAAAUCGUAAUGUACCUGAAAGAUCCGGGGCGGUUCACAAGAUUGGGCGGCAAACUCCCGAAGGGUUGUCUGCUCAUGGGUCCUCCUGGUACUGGUAAGACCUUGCUAGCGAGAGCCAUCGCAGGAGAAGCAGGAGUACCAUUCUUUUAUGCCUCAGGAAGCGAGUUCGAGGAGAUGUAUGUUGGUGUGGGGGCGCGACGCGUGCGCGAUUUGUUUGAUGCAGCGAAGAAACGCUCCCCAUGCAUCGUCUUCAUCGACGAGAUCGACGCGAUUGGCGCCUCACGCCAUCUCAAGGAGCAGCAGGCCAUGAAGAUGACCCUGAAUCAACUGUUAGUUGAGAUGGACGGCUUCGAGCAGAACCAGGGGGUUAUUGUGAUCGGCGCGACGAACAUCGCCGAUUCCUUGGAUCCGGCGUUGUUGCGACCUGGACGAUUUGAUAGACAUGUCGCGGUACCUCUACCGGACAUCGAAGGCAGAAAGCAGAUCCUGCAGUUACAUGCGUCGAAAGUACCCCUAGAUCCCAAGGCGGACCUCACGACGCUAGCCAAGGGCACGCCGGGCAUGUCCGGUGCUGAUCUCAGUAAUUUAGUGAACCAGGCCGCGUUAAAAGCGGCUCUAGAUGGUCUUGAGUCAGUAACAGCGUCAGCCUUGGAUUAUGCCAAAGAUAAGAUCCUGAUGGGUGCCGAGCGAAAGUCCGCUGUUUUGUCGGAAGAAACUAUCAGGAUGACGGCCUUUCAUGAGGGUGGGCAUGCUCUCGUAGCGUUGCAUACGCCUGGCGCGGACCCGGUCCAUAAGGCGACCGUGAUGCCGCGGGGCCAGGCAUUAGGUAUGGUCCAGCAACUGCCCGAAGGGGACCAGACGUCCUUCACGAAGCGGCAGAUGCUCGCGAGGAUGGACGUCUGCAUGGGCGGGCGGGUCGCCGAAGAACUUGUGUACGGAGCAGACGAAGUGACCUCUGGGGCCUCGUCCGACAUCGUCCAAGCCACGCGGCUCGCGCGAAAUAUGGUCACGAAGUGGGGCUUUAGUGACGAGGUUGGGGUUGUGUAUCAUUCCGGGAAGGUGGGUGCGGACCACUCGCCGUCGCCGGAGACGCAAGCUGCUAUUGAUUUAGAAGUGAAGCGGCUGUGCGAGGCGUCUUAUGCACGCGCUACCAAAAUCCUGACGGAUCAUAGGGAUGAGUUGGAUCUCGUGGCGCAUGCGCUUAUCGCAAGGGAAACAUUAUCGGGCGCGGAGUUGAAAGAAGUGAUUGGGAUGGGCGUUGCCAAAGCACCAAAGCCGCCGCUGGUGCCCGAGGUGAGCAUCAAGCCGCCGCGGCUGAAGCCUGCGGCGACGGCCGGCGCGGCCGCCGCCUAAGUAGCUAGUCUGUA